AUGACUUCCAACACCCAACAGAGAUCCGACUCAGCGCCCAUGAUGACGCCUGGCUUCCUACCUCCACCUGUGUUUUUCGGCCCACAAUCUAUGGACAUCAACAUGCAUGGUGGAUGGCAUGGCGCCACAUUGCAUAAUGGUUUUCUUCCCAGAUUCAGAGCCGACGGAAGUACAGUUAUGAGUCUAGUCCCGGAGAACCUCACUGAGAGGCAUAAGGGAGAUGGCGCUGAACCUUCAUCCACGCCCACCGGCGCCAGCCAGUCGGGUCAAAGUCCUGAGAGGGUUGAAGGCGAACCGACCACUCCGGGCCAGCCUGAUGACGUCAUAAGCAUAUCUUCGUAUGAGGAUGACGGAGCCAAGCCGUGUCAUGUGCCCGGUGACAGUACAUAUCGGGGCCGGCUGCCCCGAUCCCGCAUUAAGGACGCGCAACCUGACGGAGAAGGCCGGGUGACUCGUUCCAAACUGAAAAGCACCAACGCCAAAGCAGGAGCCAACAGGAGGAGAACCAAGCAACAGACGGCAACCGAAGAAUCGAACAUCGCCCAUGAUGCAGAUGAUGAAAGGGAGGCGAAUGCCAAUGCAAAGAGGCCCCGUCGCUCGAGGAGGACUGUCAAAUCGAAGCCAUUGGUAAUGUCGUCCGACGACGACAAAGCCGACAAUCCUCAGGAAUCUGAAGAGACUCCGGUGGAUCCACCUCUGACCCAACCGCGUCCAACACUGGAACCGUCUCCCCUUCCCCUGCCACAAACGAAACCGCCGGCCACAAAAGGGAAGGGUAAAGCCAAGCGUGCCAUAACUGCUCGCGAUGGGAGCGGCUCCGACAACCCGAGGCCUCACAAGCGCAGUGUUGUUGACGAUGCUAUUGAGAUAUCAGACUCCAGUGACUACGCGAAAGGUCUCGAAAAACUGCUAAAGAGAAAGAAGAGUUCGAAAGAGUCGAGGCAGAAACUUUUCAAGAAGAUCAAUGGCCUCUUUCGCUCAAGCAAGCGCUGGCGCAACAACUUUUUGGAUUUGGAAGCGGAAGAAGACGAUGCGGAAGGCCGAUCCUCUUCCGAAGGAUCUGAGAAGGACGACGAGUAUAGGUACUCAGAUUCUUUCAUAGAUGACUCGGAAGUUCACGACGACGCCAACAUGGCUGAUCCGGACGCGCCUUUCCCCGGGCUGGAACUGGAAGACUUUGCUCGCCAGGCAGACGAAGCUAGAAGGAAUCAGGUCGAAGACGAUAGAUGCAUGGCCCGUGCCAUCACCCGACAUACAGCGAUGGUGCAGUCAGCUUUAGCUGAAGGCAACAAUCGCGUGGACCAAACCGACAUUAGCGACAAUGUCAUGAAGAAACCAGGCGCAUCGAAUGUCCUUUCCAAUUCCCAGGCAACAACUGAGGUGGGCGUUCUUGUAGGCCCCGAAACGACAGAAGUCCGAGAGUCGAGUUCAAGUGAGGACGAGUUCGGCGUGAAAUUUUAUCGAGCGCAGUUCAGGGAGGCUAUACGUCGUAGCAGACAAGCUCAUGAACGACGCCUUGCUGAAGAACGGAACACUCGAGAUGGCGCAAGUUCGCGACCCGGCCCUUCAACGCCAAGUCCGCGUGACGGUUUCAGCCGGCCACCUCCAGCCUACGACUCGCUUUACACAUCACCGCUUCCGGCAUAUACACCCACCGUGCCUGCUGCACAGAUGGUCACCCCUCCUAACUCCUCCAGCGCGGUACCGCAAGCUUUCCCUGCGGCAGUCGGUACUCCAUCAGGAAAUUCGGGGUCAGGCAAUGAUCACAAUGGAAGCGGGCCUAGUACAGGGGGGCAGCCACGAAGGCUGCGAUUUUCCUUCCCCGAGCGCUGCGAAGUAACGGAUGCCAAAUUGCACGAUGUCCUGCUGGCCGGCGACUAUGCCUCGCUGGUACCUUUGAGACGAGGAUCGUUCGUCCCAUGGUCCAACGCACCCGGCAGAGGGCUCGUUCGGUUUAGCGCGUGGACAGACCAGGCCCCUUCCAUGGAUCCAGCUAAGGCCUUUCAAGCGAUACGUCUGCAAAGGUGUCAAGAGUUCAUCAACCCUUCGCGUGCCUCUCCGGCGGAAUUGGAGGUGAAGGAAAUCACGGGUGGACUUCACUCCAACAGCUUUCGACUUCACGCGUACUUGAACGGACAGCCCGCGAUUUGUGUCUCCAGCGUCUACUCCGAAUCCUCGUGCCUUCGAACCCUCACCGCAUUUGGACUCCCACAGAACAUGCUUCAAGGGAAGCUGCAUACUCAAGAGUUCGAUCGGCUCGUCGGCUUUUUCUGUAUGAGCUUUGGGAUUCCCGAGCUGCAUGCGAACCUAUCGCGUGAUUCCAUGCACUAUGUUACAAGACCGGUCAGCCGCGAUAAUUCCUCGUCCCAGGGCUCUGCGCCAGGCAUGUUUAGCAACAAUCCGAGUCCUUCGACGAAACGACCAAUCGCCAACCGUCUCCUCGUAGAUCAUUUUGCCUUGGAUUCAAGAAACGACGUCCCUAUUUACGAUGCUCGAGGCACUUCCGACUUCAACUUUACAACAGACCUUCCGUCAAUGGCGUCGAAGCUACCCGUUUUCACGAAUGGCGAGAUUCCAUGCAUAUUGUCAGGAAACGUGGACGAUCUCGAUUCGUCCACUCGGUUUCGUUUCAUUGCUUACACUCGACCGGAGCGGCAAGAGGAGGAACUGGCCGAAAACCCAACGGCCGUUGCGUGUUCCCUGUCCCCUGGAGAUUUAGCUCGUGCGUUGCUUCAGAAGCUAUUGGAGCACGAAUGCAGUGCCGAUUGCGGGCAAUACGUUUCUUUCCUUGUUCCUUGCCAGGAAAACAAAGAAGACGCAAAGCAGAAGACACUGGCGAAAGGAUUCGCUUUGCGGGAAUUACGAGAGUGGUUGGACGACCAGGAGGUCCUGAAGAUGUCGGAUGAUACAAUGUUCACGUUGGUGGGACUCACCAGAGAACAGGAUUGGAUUGAGAAUGGAUUUAUCGAGCCUGGAUUCACGUUCGUAAAGAUGCCUUGGACCGCCUUAUUAAGCAAGCUAACCAAGGCAGGGCUUCAGGAAAUCGCUCGCUUUCACGGCAUAGAAGCACCUGUGCGUCGCACGAGGGCUCAAUUGCUAGACGACUUCCGCGUCCAUCAGUGCGAUCCUGGUUGCUUCCAGCUAAUGGCGUCAUUCACUGUCCAACGGAAACGAUGUGGAAACGCAAAGCCGCUGCCUCCGGACGACAACAGUCCUUUCGUCUGGGAGGAAUUCAACUCAAAGGUGGAUGUCCAUUAUCCCCCGAUGCCCAUAAACAGGAAGGACGUUGCCAGAAUUCCCGUGUGCUUCAUGCGCACAAUUGAGGUUUCCUCGGUCGCGGUGUUGGAGCGUAAAUCCUCGAUUGACCCAAUUGAACCGCUCAGAGGACCAAUCCUGGUACCAGGUGCUUCCAUUAUUUGCGGUCCUUGCGAUUCAAGGGAAGUUCCCAACGAGCUGAAGGAUUUGACUCUAGGAGAAAGGGCUCUCAUUGCGAGGGUUAGGCGAAAUAGAACACUCGUUCGUGUUUCCAAUGGACAUUACAAGAUGGUCGCUAAUGUUAUCGCGUUCCCCAACCCAACUAUCAAGGUAUAUGAGAAGCUCCCGCCUCACCGUUCCGACAUUGAUGACAGAACGCCUGUCAUGGUGCGUCGUCUUAAGGUCUUACGGGCUCUUGAAUGGCUAAAGGUGAACCACUGUGAUUACUACGACUUGGAAAUAGAUCACGAAGCCCUGUUAUCUUAUGCAGAGGAGGGAGUGCCUGUGGGUGUCCUACAUCGUCAGAUGUCCGAGAAGGAUGGCAAUGUUUUGGGCACUGCCAAAGCAGUAUUCGACGACGGAGAGGAGAGGGGUGCGGAAGAAGGAUGGGGCCAGGAAGGCAGAGGGGUAUUCGGGGAUCCCGCGGCAUACUACGGUACCGUGGAACAGCAGGGUCGAAUGACCCUGCAUUUACACAUCCUUCUGUUUAUAAAAGGCGCGCUUUCUCCUAAAGACAUCCGAGAAAAACUAGUCAACGGUGACAAGGAAUUUGAACGGAAGCUGAUAGAGUACCUUGAAAGCGUGCAGACCGGCGAUUUUCUUACUGGAACGAAGGAGGACGUUCGCAGGCGAAUCCCUAGGGACACCCUGCCGAAAAAGAAGGGCAUUCAUACAAUUUUACACAGCGAGGAGGGACAGCUGGAUCAUGAUCCAACCUACAAAGACCCCACACUGCAUUUUCCAAAAGCUCCCCCAACCGUGCUAUGCGAUUCCGCCGACCUGUGCCAUUGCGAAAACUGCCUCGAUAUUGAUGACUGGUAUGUUGACUUCAAGAAGACCGUGGAUGAUAUUAUGUAUCGCACCAAUGUGCAUGUUUGCCACGGUAAGAAGGGUCCGAGUGGUGAGGCCCUCAAACAGCACCCGACUGGAAAGGGCUGCGUCGGUAGGGACGGGAAAUGCGCCGCAAGGUUCCCCAGAAAGGUGGUCAAGGAAUCACAUGUAGACCCUAUCGACGGCCACGUUUCGCUGAAGAAGCUCGAAAGUUCAUUGAAUUGCGUCACCCCGGCGGUAACGUAUACCAGCUGCUGUAACACCGACACAACCUCUCUACAGUCUGGGACCGGAAUAAAAGCAACGGUAGGCACAAUGUAUGAUGCAUUCGAGAGGCACAGUAAUGCACUAUUCGCUGAAGACACAAAGACCGUAGACAGCGCCAGAAAGAUGAUACUGAAAGUGGUGAACUCGUUGGGUGCAAAGACGGAGAUCGGGGCGCCUAUGGCAGCUUUGUACUUGUUGGAUAAUCCCGAUAAGUACUGCAGUCAUGAAUUCGUGAACUUCUAUUGGAAGAACUAUGUCAACUACGUUCGCCGUGAAUGGGAAAAGCUGCUCGACAGGAUGGAAGUAGAUGAGGAAGAAGGCGUUGGUGAGGAUGAUUUAGAAAAUGUCAAUUAUUACGACGAUGGAGAAAGAGAAGCUGAAAUGAAUAAAUUUUCCGCAGAGGACAACGAGCCGGUUAUAGUACGUCGAAGUGCGAAGUACUUUGUUAGUCGCUCAAGCGUAGACGACUAUAUCUAUAGGCCAAAGCAAUUAGAGGAUGUCUGCCUAUACGAGUGGGUACAAUGCUCGGUUAGGGAGAAAUCAGAGCAUGCUCGAUUGGGACUAAGGUUCUUUACUUACCUGGAUGAACAUCCGAUGGCUACAAAGCAAAAGGUGGCUUGCGACCCCGAAAGACGCCACAGGGUGGUCCCCAACUUCAUUGGCCCCCCUCUGCCGAGGGACGAUGGUGAUCUGGACAGAGAGGAAUACUGCCUGACCAUGCUGACACUGUUCAAGCCUUGGAGGAGUGGAAUUGAUUUGAAAACUGCGAACGUCACUUGGGAAGAUGUGUUCGAGUCUCACACCUUCACUCAGAGACAGAGGGAGGUCAUGAAGCACUUUAGAGUCAGAUUUGAGUGCUACGACGCCAGAGACGAUUUCCAUGCACAGAGGCAGAACGACAGAGCAGAGGGAGACGCCGAGGACUUGGAAGCAGAAGGAUCAGAUAUUGGGGAUGUUGACGUCGACCUUAACAUCGUAAAAGAUGACAGCUACUGGCUAACAAAGACCAUCAAAGGUAACUGGACCAAAGACCAAGAUAAACGAUGGAAGGAAGCCGAAGAAGCUUUGAAAAAUGCUCGUUGGAAGGCUGGACCAUCGGGUCGUCACCAGAUGCCUGAUUUGCCACUGGUAUCUAUUGGCAAUACGAUGGAUGGGGCGUAUUGGACAGAUCUUAUUAAGAGAGAAAAAGCUCGCUUGUGGAAAGAGCGUUUCAAUAGACUUUCUGGGGAAAGCGAAGACAGUGAUGGGGGCAAUGAGACCAAGCGGAGCGAAAAGCCGGUUCAGAAUGACGUCUAUGUUGUCUAUGGUCCCUAUUAUUCGAGGUCAUUUCGACCCAGCAACCCCCGCUGGGGGGAUGUGAUGAGCAAGAUUGAAAAGGAGUAUUCCUUGAAUGCAGAGCAAAGCCGAAGCUUCCGAAUCGUUGCCAACCAUGCCACCUUGAUUGAACCAGAUCAACUUCUCAAGUAUCUCGGUGGUAUGGCAGGAACCGGGAAAACUCAGGUGCUUAAAUCAUUGAUCACAUUCUUCAGAGCUCGGGGAGAGCCUUACAGAUUGGUCUUGCUUGGUCCAACGGGAACGUCAGCAGCACUUAUUGGGGGAACGACUUAUCAUUCUUUCCUCUCUAUAGUAUCAGGGAAAUGGGGUUCAAAUCGCGGAGAACUCCGCGCAGUAGAAGAAGUACGAGAACGACUACUGGGCGUUAGUUACAUCUUUAUCGACGAAAUCUCGAUGCUCUCGUGUCUGGAUGUUUGCAGGAUUAGCGAAAGACUAUGUGAUGCAAUGAAUUUUCACGAGAAGCCAUUUGGAGGACUCAACGUUAUUUUCGCCGGGGAUUUUGCUCAAUUGCCCCCAACAAAGGGCCACGCACUUUACAGCGGCGAUGUCGCUUUGAAGCAAUCUCCUAGGCAAAAGGUGGAAGACCAAGAAGAGACUAUCGGGAAGUCCAUCUGGCUGCAAUUCACGUGCUGCGUCAUCCUGAAAAAGAAUAUGAGGCAGCGAGACGUCACAGAGGACGACAUCAAGUUCCGAACGGCGCUGGAGAACCUAAGAUAUAGGGCUUGUACCAAUGAGGACAUUGCCUUUCUGAAGACAAGAAUACCUUUGUACAACGAAAAUUUGACCAUUGAUGAUCCUAAAUUCCGUUUCGUGUCCAUUAUAACUUCCAGGAACGUUCAGAAGGACACUUACAACUUUCACAACAGCGCUCGCUUCGCCGAAGAAGCUGGCAAGGAGCUCCAUCACUUCUACAGUAUUGACAGUCUCUGCCAAACGCAAUCCAACGACGAUUUCCAAGCCGAUGACGCUGGAUCAAGUAAAGUCGACCCUCGCUUACAAGUAAUUUUAUGGGAUCAGCUACCUUCGACGAGUGAGCAGGUGCCCGCGCGUUUAUCCUUGUGCAUCGGUAUGCCUGUAAUGAUCAGAAACAACGAGGCUACUGACCUAUGCAUAACUCGAGGACAGGAAGGCAUAGUCGUGGGCUGGAAGGCAACGCGUAUCAAGGGCUUCCCUCAGCACAACGCCCUUGAUACACUUUUCAUUCGCCUAGUCAAUGCACCGAAGAAGGUAAAAAUUCCGGGAUUGCCGGAAAUGGUCAUCCCGUUAACAAAGACAUCUCAACAAGUCGUAGCAAAACUUCCCAACGGCGAAGGGCCCAAAAUCUCAAGGAAGCAGGUGCCGAUUCUGCCUAAUUUUGCAAUGACCGAUUACGCUUCUCAGGGAAAAACACGGACGGUCAAUGUGGUAGACCUGACAAUGUGUCGGUCACAUCAAGCUAUAUACACUUGCUUGUCGAGAGGGAAAACAGCGGCAGAUACAAUCAUAGUCCGCGACUUCCCUUCGCACAUGAUGCAAGGGGGAAUUUUUGGCUGGUUAAGGCAGGAAUUCCGAGAGUUAAACCAUCUGGAUAGAAUAACGGAGCUGCGAUACGAAGGGAAACUCCCUGAGGACGUCAUCAAACCUACCCGGUGGUCUACAAUCGACGCUUACAAGAAAUCCAUUAAAGACCACGAGGAAGACAAGUGGCAUCCAGUACUUCGCUUGGAACCAGGAAGGGACGAAUGGCAAAGGCCUGUUCGGGAUUCCCAGAUCCAUCACUCAAUGAAAGGAUCGAAAGGAAAGCGCAAGGCGUCAGACCACGCGGAUGGAGAUCUUGGCAGAAAGCGCAGAUGUGCCCCACCUGCUUUGGGCCGUGGUGAUCAAGUUCCAUUGGGCCCCAUUUGGGACAGCACCAAUUGGAGUUCGCGUGCCCAAGAGGCGUCCGCCAGUCAAAUAGGAUCGCUCCCGAAGAAGGAGGAGAGCGACGAUGAGAGCGGUUACCUGCAGCCUUCCGGGGCAGGACAAGGCCUUCUCGCUAAACGCAAAGACGACAAACGAGCCCUGUCGCGGCUGCAGAAAAAACUGAACAAAGCUCGAGUGGCAAAGGUGAAUGGCAAGCGGAAGAGGAACAACUUACGCGACCGCUUGAAGCACAUGACGGAUCGUUUCAGGGAGGUUGAAAAUAACCUCAAGGAGCUAACUCAGAUCGUCGAGUCAGCGAGCGAAGUAUGCAACAAGGCGAAAGCCGUGAUUGAGGAGGAACUUAAUGAUGUUAUCAUCUAUAGAUCUGACGACUCGGAGUGUGUAGGCUCAGAUGAUGAACUCGAUGAGGGGGACGAUUAG